UAUGUUUACUAUUAAUAACCAUUUGCAUAGGAAAACAUCAUCUAACAUCAAGAACAAUGAAGUAUAAAAAUAUAACUAUCCUAAAUAACAUCAUAAAUAUUCUAAUACUCAAUUAAUGUAGAAAUUAGCAGGUUUAUAAGUACUUAAGAAAUUAAUCACAGGACCAUCGAAAUCAUUAAAUCACAAUAACUCUAAGACUAGAAUACGUACAGAGGGAAAUGAAAAGUAAUUUAAAGGUCAAAUGUCAAUAUCACCAAAAAAAGAGAAAGAAAAAGAACAGUCUGCUUCACCUCCUUAAAGAAAUUCUCAUGCUUAAGUUAAUGUUAUUUCAAAUCUAAUAAAUUAAAAUUUGAAUCAUACUGAAUAUAAACGAUUAACUAGAGAGUAGAGAAAUUAAAGUGCUGAUUUUUAAGCACUUUUAUCGCAAUAACGAAAUGAGAAUGGCAAUUUGAAGAAUAGUACUAAAAAGAAAUUUAAUUCUUAUGGAAAUUUGAAUGAAUAAGUUUAUUUCUCAUAAAGAAGUGGAUUAUCUGAAUGUCCAUCUGCUUUGCAACUUAUUCAAAAUACUAUUGAUUAAAAAUUAAUGGGAUUAAAAGGAUCUUCAUCUAUGAAGUAAUUCCCAUCUCCACCAAUUGUAAAAUUAUAACAAUAAUAAUAAAUAACAACUUAAGAAUUCAAAGAGAAAUUAAGUAACUUAAGUAGAGAUUUAAGGUAAAAUAAAAUUUAAAUUGAAGAUGAAUUAUUAAAGACAUAAAAGAAAUAGAAUUAAAAAUGUAUUACUAGAUAUGAUUAUAAAGAAGGUGAAAAGUAAUAAAGGGAAAAUGUAUCUUAGAGAAGUAAAUCAGUUGAUUCUUAAUCUUCUUUAUUGGAUAAUUUAAAAAAUUAAUAUGAAUGUGAUGAGACAUAAAAAUUAAAUUACUAUUAGACAUAAGUAGAUGAUGAUUUUGGAAAUAAUCAAUAAACUUAUAUAAAACAAAGAAAAUUGGAAAGCAAAAUAGAUUAAUUAGUAGUUUAAGUUCAAUUAUUAAAAAAGAAAUCUGAAUAGUUAGAAUUAUAAAAUAAGUUUCUGUUUGAAAACUUAAGUAAAUUUCAAUAAGAAACAGAUUGCAAUACUGAUGUAUCAUAUAUUUGUAAUAAAUAUAGGAAAGAAAUCUAUUAAUGAAUAAAUUAGAUUAAAUGAUAGGAAUGUAAAAAAGGUAAGAAGAGAAUCUUAAUUUCUUUAAAUAGAUCUUUGCUAAAGGAUAUGAUUAAUCUCGAAGAAUAAAAACUGAGUAACAUCAGUAAUAAAUAGAGGAAGAAAACAUGAAGAUAAAUUAGAAAACAGAAUCUAAAUAAAGACCUUUUGUUAAGUCCGCUUAUUAAGGACUAGAUUUUAACAUUUGAAA